AUGGCGAACAGUUGGGCCUCGAUGCUGCUUUACGUACUCGGCAUCUUGGAGUUGAUGGCGUUCCCACUGCUGGGCGCGGGGACUUUCUCCAUGGCGCCAGAUGAGAAGAUUCUGAGCAUCCAGGCUUUGUUCUUCGGCGCCAUGUCGGGCGCUAUCGUCAUGACUCUGCAGGUCAUCUACGAGCUCUGGAAGCCCUUCGGUGGGGCAUACACCGUAGACACGGCCCUGGAGAAGAUGGUGCAGGGCCUAGAGGAGGAGCUCCGUGUACGAAAGCGCGUAUGGCAGCCCAUGAACGGUGUGGACUCCACCCAG